CCCAAGGAAGUGAAGUAGUUCACGGUACAGAUUAGUGUGAUUAAUUGUAGGGUGAAACGUAUUUUGUAAAGGCAAUGUAAGUUCUUCUGUAUUAAAAUAGAUUAAAAUUAAAACUGGAAUGAACUAGAAAAUAGAAGAUUAUUUUCUUUCAUCUUUUAUACGAAUACAAUUAUUACGCAUGAUCGUAAAACUCUGUUUAUUCAAACGCUCUCCAGCAGCGUAUCGGUGUGAGCAACGGUGAAAGAGAAACAGAAAGACAGAUAGAGAAAGGAAGAAAAAUUAAUAAAAAAGAAAUAGAACAAGAUAAAAAGAAGAAGAAUUAUUUUGGAAAAUAAUUAAAUUAUUCUUGAUAAUAAAGUAUGCCAGCAGCAAACAGUGUGGGUAGUGUAACCAGCAGUGCCUUACCAAAAUGGCAACUCGCUUUAGCGGUAGGAGCUCCGGUAGCUUUGGGACUUGGUUAUAUGUAUUAUAAAAAUAAUAAAAAACCAUGCUCGGAACCAGAACGUGGUAAAUCUAAAUAUGGCUCCCGUGAAAAUGGUACUACUAAUAAGAACGAUAAGCAAAUUUCAAUCGAUGGAGAUUGCAACUCGAAGACUGAGAACACACCAGAAAUUGAGACACCCUUAGAAAAGGCAAAAAAAUUUAAGGACGAAGGCAAUGUUCACUUUAAAAUGGGAAAAUUUGACGAAGCCAUAACCUUAUAUAAUAAUGCCAUCCAUGCUUGUCCACAAGAUAAUAAAAUAGAAUUAGCUAUAUAUUAUCAAAACAGAGCUGCAGCUUACGAACAUUUGAAAAAAUAUAGCGCAGUAACAGCAGAUUGUACGAAAGCAUUAGAAUUAAAUCCAAAAUACGUCAAAGCAUUUUUACGUAGAGCGAAAGCUUUGGAAUAUACCAAUGAUUUAGAACAUGCCUUAGAAGAUGUUACCACUGCGUGUUUCUUGCAACGAUUUACCAAUCAAUCUGCCCUAACAAUAGCUGAUAGAGUUCUUAAAAAACUUGGUAAACAACGUGCUCAAGAACAUUGGGCAAAUAAAAAGUUAAUAAUGCCAAGCAAGCAUUUUAUCAAAAAAUACCUCACUUCGUUUCAUAGUGGUGUAACAGAAGUUAUUAAUAUUCUUUCAUGUUCUACGGAACGCCCAGGCUGUAUGAAAAUUACAAAAGCAUUAGAAGAUCAAGAUUAUGAUAACAUAAUAUCACUUUGUACAGAUGAAAUUGAAAACAUACGAUUACAAGAUUUACCAUUGAGAUUGGAAAUAAUACUUCUAAGAGCAACAUUUUAUUUACUCUUAGGAAAACAUGAAGCAGCAUUAGAAGACUUUAACACAAUUAUAGAUGAACCUGGUAAUUCUACAAAUACAGAAAUAAGAAUUAAUGCUUUCAUCCAAAGAGCAAGCUUACAUAUGCAACUUGAUGAUCCAAAAAAAAGUUUUGAUGAUUUUGAAUCAGCUGUUAAUUAUAGUCCAGAUUGUAGUGAUAUCUAUCAUCAUAGAGGACAGAUAAAUUUGCUUAUGGACAAAAUGGAUGAAGCAAAAGAAGAUUUUCAAAAAGCUGUUGAUUUAAAUCCUGAUUUUGCAUUGGCAAAUGUACAAAAAUGUUAUACGGAUUAUCGUUAUGCCAUAAACAAGAGGGAUGUACAAAUGGUAGAAGUUUGUUUAGAAAAUUUUAAAAAAAUAAUUGACAAAUUCCCUGAUUGUCCUGAAUGUUAUACAUUGUAUGCAGAGGUGUUAUCAGAAACAUUGGAUUAUGCUUCAGCAGAUAAAUAUUUUGCUAAAGCAAUUGAAAAAGAUCCAUAUAAUGCCACUACAUUUGUGCAUAGAGGAUUAAUGCAAUUACAAUGGAGUAAUGAUAUUAAUAAAGCUGUCGAAUACAUAAAAGAAGCAUUGAAAAUUGAUGACAAGUGUAAAUUUGGAUAUGAAACUUUAGCAACGAUAGAAGUACAAAGAGGAAAUUUAGAAGAAGCAAUAAAACUGUUUGAUAAAGCUAUAGAACUAGGUCGCACAUCAAUGGAACUCACACAUAUUUUCAGUUUAAGGGAUGGAGCAAAAGCGCAGAUUGCCAUAAGAGACAAAUUAGGAAUAGAUCCAGAUUUUCAACAUUUUCUAAAUAUGUCAUAAAAUCUUUUAAGUUUCUAUGUCAUGAAAAUUUUGAAAUAAUAGGUAUAAUAAUGUAUAAAAUAAAAUUUGAAAAUGUA